AUGGAGUCGGGGAAGAAGAUCGAUGCAAGUGAUGCCACUGACGUGUUGCCGAAGAACACAAUACAAUGGAAAGGUUUAUACAAAAUAUUUGCUAAGUUUUCUAAUUUGAAGGAUAUACAAAAUCUGGAAUCUAAUAUAGACAUUGGCAGCACAAAAUUGUGCCCAGGUCAUGAAGUUGAGAGAAGGCAUUCCCCUUGUAUUAUGCGCCACUGGAUUUUCAAAUCCUACAAGAAAAGAGUCCGGAUUUCUCCCGUCCUGAGAUCCCUUCCUACGGUGAAAAAAUCAAUUAUUUUAGCGGCGGCAGGGUACGGCCUUUCUUCUCUGAUCUUCAGAUUCCCGCCGAACUUCGUGCAGCAGCUGCGCAACAAGGCUAGAAGGAACUGUAGCAACAUCGGUGUGGCUCAAGUGGCGGCGGCUUCAUGGUCGAAUAACCAGCAGACAUCAGGGCUCACGCCGGCGGCUAAGGCCGUCGAUCGGUCGAUGCAGCCGCCUCUGCCGCCUUGGCGCCAGUUUAUUAGGUGUCAUAAUCGAUUUUUCAGAGGUGUUGUGAAGGUCGUUUACACGGCUGAUAUGAUAUCCUCCGCCUUUUUGCACGCGCUUUGA